AUGGGGAGCUUGCCAAUUAGUAGAGUCACUCCGUCAAAACCGUUUACCAACACGGACGUGGAUUUCUGCGGUCCCCUCUACGUACGCGAACGCAGGGGGAGAGGGGCCAAGCGUGUGAAGGCCUACGUGGCAUUAUUCAUAUGUAUGGCAGUCAAGGCUGUCCAUCUUGAAAUCGUUUCAGAUUUGACAACGGACGCUUUUCUUAAUGCCUUUAAACGGUUUAUCAGUCGGAGAGGAAGGCCGACUGAUGUAUACUCAGACAAUGACACUAAUUUUAUUGGAGCUAAUCGCGAGCUGGAGAAGUGCCUCGAAUUUUUCCGUUCGGAACAAGCAAAGAAUAGAAUCCAGAAUUACGCAACUCUGGAGAAGAUCAAAUGGCAUUUCAUUCCGGCACGAGCGUCUCAUUUUGGAGGCUUAUGGGAGUCUGCGGUGAAAGCCUUCAAGACUCAUUUUUACAAAACAGCUGCAGAGGCAGCAAUGACGUUUGAGGAAGCCUCUACACUCGUAUCACAAAGGCUAUUUUAA